AUGGGGAAGGCGCCCCGAGCGUGCCUGCUGACCCUCCUCCUCCUCCUGGCGCUGGCCCAGCUCGCCCUCCUCGCCCGGGGGGAAGAAGAGCAGCCCCACGCAGAAUCUCUUGCCAAAGAGGAAGCUGAUGAUGAUGAUGAUGAUGAAGAUGAAGUUGACGAUUCCGAAGUGAAAGAAGAAAAUGGUGUGCUGGUGCUGAACGAUGCAAACUUUGAUACAUUUGUGGAAGGCCAAGAUACUGUGCUUUUAGAAUUCUAUGCCCCAUGGUGUGGACACUGCAAGCAGUUCGCUCCAGAAUAUGAAAAGAUCGCCAAAACACUGAAAGAAAACGAUCCUCCCAUCCCGGUCGCCAAAAUAGAUGCUACAGCAGCCACUGCGGUGUCGAGUCGUUUUGAUGUUGGCGGUUACCCAACCAUCAAAAUUCUGAAGAAGGGGCAGCCUGUGGAUUAUGAUGGAUCGAGGACAGAAGCAGAAAUUGUGGCUAAAGUGAAAGAGGUUUCACAGCCUGAUUGGAUCCCUCCACCUGAAGCAACCUUAGUGUUGACAAAAGAUAACUUUGAUGAAACUGUGAAUGAGGCUGACAUAAUCUUGGUUGAAUUCUAUGCUCCAUGGUGCGGCCACUGCAAACAGCUGGCUCCAGAAUAUGAGAAAGCGGCCAAGGAGCUUAGCAAACGCACUCCCCCCAUCCCCCUGGCAAAGGUUGACGCCACUGCUGAGAUGGAUCUCGCUAAGAAAUUCGAAGUGUCGGGAUACCCAACGCUCAAGAUCUUCCGCAAGGGCAAGCCGUUUGACUACAAUGGCCCAAGAGAAAAAUAUGGAAUUGUGGAUUUCAUGAUCGAACAGGCUGGCCCCCCAUCCAAACAGAUCCAGGCUGUCAAACAAGUGCAGGAAUUUAUGAAAGAUGGAGAUGAUGUCAUCAUCAUUGGUCUGUUCAAAGGAGAUCAGGACCCAGCCUACCAACUUUACCAAGAUGCUGCUAACAACCUAAGAGAAGAUUACAAAUUCUAUCACACCUUCAGCAAUGAAAUCUCAAGCUUCUUGAAAGUGGAUCCUGGGAAACUGGUGGUGAUGCAGCCCGAAAAAUUUCAGUCCAAAUAUGAGCCCAAAAUGCAUGUCUUGGAUAUUAAAGAGUCCACCGAUGCUGCUGCAGUUACAGAGCACAUAGUGAAACACGCCUUGCCUCUAGUUGGUCAUCGUAAGACGUCCAAUGACGCUAAGAGAUACGGGAAGAAACCUCUUGUGGUCAUCUAUUAUAUGGUAGACUUCAGCUUUGAUUAUCGUGUGGCUACCCAGUACUGGCGAAACAAAAUUUUGGAGGUGGCUAAGGACUUCCCAGAAUACACAUUUGCCAUUGCUGAUGAAGAAGACUACUCCACUGAGAUAAAAGACCUGGGGCUGAUUGACAGUGGCGAGGAUGUAAACGCUGCAAUCUUCGAUGAAGGGGGCAAGAAAUAUGCCAUGGAGCCAGAAGAGUUCGACUCGGAUGUGCUACGGGAAUUUGUCUUAGCAUUCAAAAAAGGUAAACUAAAACCCAUCGUGAAAUCCCAGCCGAUACCCAAAAAUAACAAGGGUCCCGUGAAGAUUGUAGUUGGUAAAACAUUUGAUUCUAUAGUAUUGGAUCCUAACUCUGAUGUCCUCAUAGAACUCUAUGCCCCCUGGUGCGGGCACUGCAAGAAACUUGAGCCUAUCUAUCUAGAGUUGGGUAAGAAAUACAAGAACCAGAAGAACUUGGUCAUUGCCAAGAUGGAUGCUACUGCCAAUGACAUCACCCACGACAACUACAAAGCUGAAGGAUUCCCCACCAUCUAUUUUGCUCCCAGCAACAAUAAGAGGAAUCCUAUUAAGUUCGAGGGUGGGGAGAGAGAUCUGGAGCACUUGAGCAAGUUUGUAGAAGAACACGCCACCAAACUGAGCAGAACAAAAGAAGAACUUUGAAUGGAGCGAAGAUCAU